AGCCAGUCCUUCAGACUCGAGGGCUUCGCCGAAAUCUGCCCCGUGCACUCUCCCACCACCACCUCCCCCCCGCCCCUUCCCCGUCGUCCCCCUCUGUUCACGACAUUGCUAUCCUCAUUGCUAUUGCAGGCGGCGGACGUACGCUACUCUCCGCCUCGUGCGGCUUUGGAAUCUCCCUCUCAUCAUCUAUCCCUCCGAAGACCGACUAUCCGUCCAUCGAACUUUGCUACCCCCACUCGUAUCAGCGUUCGUAUCGUAGGACGGAAGAUUUCCCUACUUUCAUCUACGUACCAUGUUGCCACAACACUUCAAUCCGACACUCGGCGGUCAACAGGGCAUGCCCCAGCAGCAGGUACCUCCGCAGGCUCAAGUCGACCACCAUCAACAAGGCGUGCCGGGCGUACUUGGCGACCCUACUCGUGCAUGGCAAAUGAACCAGUUGCAGCAGUUCAGGCAGCAAGGGGUAGGAGAUAUGGGUGGUGGGCCGAGUAACGUAAGUAUUUCGUGGCCUUUGUAUGUGACAUCCUACGUUGCCUUCCAAGUCCACCUUCAUCGUCCCCGACUUGAGUAACUCAUAUCGCACCACUCUCCUCCCUCUAUACCCUCGAACCCUUUUUUGUGUUUAUUCUCUGCAUUUACGCCUCCCCUUGGGCCUUGAGUCUUCGCUUCCCGUGCUUGCUUAUGUCAUCACGGCAUACCUCUUGUGGGCGUCCGAUCAAUUCAA